GAUAUUCAUGUUUCAAGAAAGGAGUAUAUAUAUUGGGCCUGGCGAAAUUAUGAAGCCUCACUGUCCGAGACCAAAUGUAUCCGACACCGAGCCAGUCAAUAUGUGGUCUCAAGACUGAGUACUACAACACUGGGCAGAGGCAGUUUUAUUUUUGAAAUAACUUCAAUACCUACACCAAUAUAUUUCAGUGACAAUCAGCUUGAAUAUUGUUCUUCUUUAUCAAUGUCACAAAAAUUAACAAUAGUUUUGAAAGGAUUCAUGUUCAGCAUUCCACAAAAAAAAAAACAGGAGUACAGCCCUCCUUCACCCGUAGUGUGGUGGUAUAAACUUGUAUUACACCUAAACAGUAGUGCCUGGCAGAUGUGUAUUGUGUACACUCGAGUUGUGUGUAGCCUGUUGUAGCAAGCUAGCUAGCUACUUGGAUGUGGAAACGUCUCAUACAAUCGUCGGGCGCCCACGUUACGAUUGGUGAUAGGUACUAGACGUCAAAUGCGACAGUUAAGAGGAUAGCUAGCUACCUUUCCCGGUUUUGCCAAAUUCAACAAACAAGCGUUCAUUAGCCACUUCCUGUAUCACAUCUGGCCGGUUUUGACCGCAGUCCAGCACAGUUAGCCAGCGUUAGCAAACUAGCUACAGUUUCGGCCACGAUCGUCACAUAAAGGCAAUUUAAAAGAUUGCCCCAACAAUCGCAGCCUCAUCCUGCCAUGAGAUCACCCUAACAAUAAAUAUUGGGGUGAAGAUGGCUGCAGAGCUCUUUCCCACCAAGAAGCUGGGCCCAGCAUCCUCAACCAACACAGCUGUGCAGCAAUACCAGGAGCAGAACCGGAAUAACAACAACACCAUUCACAGCUGCAACUGGCAAGGGCUCUAUCCUACCAUCCGAGAGAGGAAUUCAGUCAUGUUCAACAAUGAGUUGAUGGCAGAUGUUCACUUUGUCGUUGGCCCCCCAGGAGGAACUCAGCAAGUACCUGGGCACAAGUAUGUGCUGGCUGUGGGGAGUUCUGUGUUCCACGCCAUGUUUUAUGGUGAACUGGCAGAGGACAAGGAAGAGAUCCGUAUCCCUGAUGUGGAGCCUCCCUCGUUCCUAGCCAUGCUGAAGUACAUCUACUGCGACGAGAUCGACUUGUGUGCCGACACGGUCCUGGCUACGCUCUACGCCGCCAAGAAGUACAUUGUGCCCCACCUGGCUCGGGCUUGCGUCAACUUCCUGGAGACGAGCCUGAGCGCCAAGAACGCUUGUGUGCUGCUAUCCCAGAGCUGCCUGUUUGAGGAGCCCGACCUAAUGCAGCGCUGCUGGGAGGUGAUCGACGCCCAAGCCGAGCUGGCGCUGCGCUCCGAGGGCUUCACAGACAUCGACUCGGUGACUCUGGAGAGUAUCCUGCGCCGCGAGACGCUCAACGCCAAGGAGAUGGUGGUGUUCGAGGCGGCAUUGAGCUGGGCCGAGGCCGAAUGCCAGCGCCAAGACCUGACGCCCACCAUUGAGAACAAACGGCUGGCGCUGGGCAAGGCCAUCUACCUGAUCCGCAUCCCCACCAUGACGUUGGAUGACUUCGCCAACGGUGCGGCACAGUCGGGUGUGCUGACGCUCAACGAGACCAAUGACAUCUUCCUGUGGUACACGGCCGCCAAGAAGCCUGAGCUGCUGUUCGCCAGCAAGUCGCGCAAGGGCCUGGCGCCACAGCGUUGCCACCGCUUCCAGUCGUGCGCCUACCGGAGCAACCAGUGGCGCUACCGGGGCCGUUGCGACAGCAUCCAGUUCGCCGUGGACAAGCGAGUGUUCAUCGCCGGCUUCGGCCUGUACGGCUCCAGCUGUGGCUCAGCAGAGUACAGCGCCAAGAUUGAACUCAAGAGGCAGGGUGUGCUGCUGGGCCAGAGCCUCAUCAAGUACUUUUCAGAUGGUUCCAGCAGCACAUUCCCAGUGUGGUUUGAAUAUCCUGUGCAGAUCGAGCCCGACACAUUCUACACGGCCAGCGUAGUGCUGGACGGCAACGAGCUCAGCUACUUUGGCCAGGAGGGCAUGACUGAGGUGCAGUGUGGCAAGGUCACCUUCCAGUUCCAGUGCUCUUCAGACAGCACCAACGGGACAGGUGUGCAGGGGGGGCAAAUCCCUGAGCUCAUCUUUUACGCUUGAGGUGUCAAACGUGAGGGAAACGUAACACUCCUUCUUUACGGUCACAGUAAAUGCACCCCUCCGGAUGUUCAGAAAGCAUAAUCUCUUAACUAUGGCUUUAAAAGUGUACCUGGUUUGGAAAAAACAAACAUCCAAUUUAUUGUGAAGGUUAUUUAGUUCAAUAUUCAAUUGCCUUAUGAGUAUGCCGGACCUAGUGUAGGACUCUUGUUGAAAUGACCCCAAAAAAAUCAUAUUUUAAAUGAAGGAUUGGCAUUUGUUCACAUUUAACUGUUUACUCAUUUGUUUUACUGUUUAUGAAGCACAGUUCUCAUUUAACAAGAUUAUUAGUAUGUUGUAGGUAGCUUUUUUGUUUUUACUUCAAUCAUUCCUAUAAUUUUAAGGAAAACACUACAACUUCAAUAUAAGGUAUUUCAACCUGUGCAAAAAUCGACGUUGAUGUAGAGGAUACUUAGGGUAUAAUCAAAUAUUUUUGUAACUUGAUAAAUAGUUUAUACAUUUUUGAUGGUGCAAUUUCUAAGAUUUUCUAUUGCUAAUAUUGUUACCUCUAAGUUUCCCCUUGGGUUUUCUGUGAGAUGAAUAAACUGAGAAUAGACAUCAAACGGAAAUGUAAACCUGUGCUGAGGUUUAAGAUACUUGAGUAUGUUGCUGUCUCAGUGUUAGGCCCUUGUAUGUAUAUAGCUAACUAUUGUUUGCACUACUAUUGGUCCUCUUUUCAAAUGGGACAGCCUUUUUGUAUCUUGCUUCCUUGUAUACACUUUAUUUUUGACCUUGUUUUCUCUGAAAAUCAGUAUGAAGUGUCGCCGUGCUGUGAGUUUGACAGUGUCAAUGGACCUAUGAAUGUGUACUGUUGUUGCAUAGCAAAAAUAAAAUGAACCAGUUCUGUAAAA